UUAUACUACAAAUUUGGGCCGGUGACAUUAUCUACUAGGCUUCAUAUCUCCAUAGGAGCCAGCUUCAUUAUGUUGAGGAGCCCCCUCUGAACAAAACUAAGAUUCGUUCUAUUCAUGAACUCGAUUUUGCAAGUAGAAUCUUAGAUUCAGCUAACAGAGACAUUUCAUCAAACAUGUUGUUAACAAUCAGACAAGCGAGGCAAAAAACUAGAGCUCUCUUCAAUCAUCCUCUAUAUGUGUUAUACUCCACUAACAUUCCUCCUCCUGCCGCCAAUUCAAUCCCUGCAUAUCCAUUUUUACCUUCAUCUGUCUCAGUUUCUUCUUCUAAUGUUUUGUCAACUUCUAGAGUAAUUGAAUUACAGCCCAAAGAUGUUGUUUUGUCCUUUAAAGAGUGGUUCAUGAGCAGAAAAAACCCAGUUUUCGAUCGGAUCUUUGAGAUAUUGAAGACACAAGAUGAUAUUACAGCUGAUAUAUCGCUGUCUCGAUUUAACCUUAGACUCUCCGAGGCUUUGGUUCUUGACGUGUUAAAUUACGAGAAAAACAAGGAUGUUUUAUCCUGUUUGAAGUUCUUUGAUUGGGCGGGUCGACAGCCGGGUUUUCAUCAUACCCGGGCGACGUUUAAUGCCAUUUUUAAGAUUUUGUCGAAGGAAAAGUUGAUGUCUUUGAUGGUUGAGUUCUUAGAUAAGUAUAUGAAGCAAAGGUAUUUUCAUAAAGCGAGAUUUUACAACACUUUGGUUAUUGGGUAUGCCGUGGCAGGCAAGCCUGAGCUUGCACUCCAACUGUUCGGUAGAAUGCGUUUUCAGGGUGUUGAUUUGGAUGCGUUUGCUUAUCAUGUGUUGCUUAAUGCAUUGGUGGAGGAUGGUUUUUAUGAUGCGUUUGAGAUGGUUUUGAAGCAGAUUAAGUUUAGGGGUUUUGAGGAUUCGAUAACACAUGCUAUAUUCGUUAAGAGUCUUUGCCAGCAAACGGAGCUGGAUCGAGCUGAGGAGUAUCUUAGAGGGUUGUUGAGAAAUGGAGGGGUAGGGUUGAGUGGCAUUGUGGUGGCUAAUCUUGUGGAUGCUUUGUGUAAAAGUAAGCAGUUUAUGAGAGCUGCAAGUUUGGUGCAGGAUUUUAGAGAGUCUGGUUUGGUUCCGAUGGAACAGGCAUAUAGUGUGUGGAUUAAGGACCUUGCUCUGGCCGGGGAGCUAAGUGAGGCAGUAGAAUUUCUGAAAGGCAAGAAACUACUUGAUGGGUAUGUUCCUGAUGUAUUUCGUUAUAACAGCUUAGUGUGUCGGCUUUUAAGAGAGAACAGGUUAGAGCAGGUUUAUGACUUGUUGAUGGACAUGAAGGAUCAAGAUAUAGUACCUGACGAUGUCACCAUGAAUGUAACUUUGUGCUUCUUCUGCAAGGUGGGGAUGGCUGAUGUUGCCUUGGAGUUGUAUGAUUCGAGAGCUGAAUUUGGACUCUCUGUAAGUAGUAUGACCUAUAACUAUCUGAUAAAUACUCUAUUAGGUGAUUCAAGCGUUGAUGAAGCGUAUUUCGUGCUGAAGAAUGCCAUUGAACAAAGUUAUUUCCCUGGUAGGAGGACAUUUUCUAUUAUUGCUGAUGCUCUUUGCAGAGAGGGGAAGCUCGAUAGAGUGAAAGAGUUGGUUCUUGCUGCUCUAGAUCGGAAUUGCAUGCCCAGUGACUCGACCUACAACAAGUUCAUAUCAGCCUUAUGUAGGGCCAGCAGGGUGGAAGAUGGAUACUUGGUACAUGGAGAGCUCAGCAGAUUGGAUAGGGUUACUAACAAGAAUACUUAUUUUCACUUGAUUAGCGGCUUUAACAAGUCAAGCAGGGGAGAUAUUGCAGCAAGAUUGUUAAUAGAAAUGCAAGAAAAAGGUCAUAGUCCAGACCGGAGAUUGUACAGGGCGGUUAUUUGUUGUUUAUGUCAGAUGGAGGAUCCAGAGAAGCUAUUUUACAGUUUAUUAGAGGUUCAAUUGUCUCGGCAUGAACCUAGCUGCCUCAUUUAUAAUUACUUCAUCGAUGGAGCUGGUCAUGCCGGAAAGGCUGAGCUGGCUAGAGAUGUUUAUGAGAUGAUGAAGAGAAAUGGUAUCACACCGAAUUUGCAGUCUGACAUUUUAAUAUUGCAAAGUUACUUGAAAGCUGGAAAAAUUGCUGAUGCUUUAAACUACUUCCGUGACUUGUCCAAUAGAAGAAGUCUAGGAAGAAAACUAUGGAACACCAUGAUUGUUGGGCUUUGUAAAGCUAACAAGCCCGAAAAUGCGUGGAACAUGUUCUGGGAGAUGAGAUCAACUGUUUUGCGGCCAAGUAUGGAUUGUUAUGAGGAACUUGUUAAAUUGCUUUGCUCGCAAAGAGAUUAUUAUAAGGCUAUUCUUCUGGUUGAAGACUUGAUGCAAGUUGGUCGUCGGAUGUCAUCCUUCAUUGGCAAUGUACUUUUGUUACACUCUUUACAAACUCCAAGAGUCUUCAGUGCAUGGAUGCACUCAAGAGAUUUGCGCAAUAUGAAGGAUCACAGCUUAGCAUUAGGGGAGCUGAUAAAGACUUUCUCUGGUGGUAGUAAUCUGGACGGAGAUAUUUUAGAAAUGGAAGAAUUGAUUCGACAAUGCUUUCCACUUGACAUAUACACUUACAAUUUGUUGUUGAGAAAACUAACCAUAAGUGAAAUGGACCUUGCUUGCAAGUAUUUCGACAGAUUAUGCAAGAAAGGAUAUGAGCCAAAUCGAUGGACUUACGAUACAUUAGUUCACGGCUUCUUAAAAGUUGGUCGAUCUUCUGAGGCUAGAAAGUGGAUGGAAGAAAUGUUCAGUAAAGGUUUUGAUCUGACUGAGGCUACAAAGACAUUUGUCUAAACUAGCUUUGAAUUUCAUUCUAGAUGGAAUGGGGUCCCUCAUUCAGGUUGGUUUGCUUGGAUGUGAUUACUGAUGUGGCUGUCUGGAAGUAAGUCGGUGGCACAUGAAACCUUAAUGGAAAUAUUAGUGCAUUUGAAGAUGGAGUACUCGUGGUUGUAGGCCGGAAGAAUUUUCUGGAUUCAACUCAUGAGCAGUGAAGUGGCCAUAUAAGGGAUGUCAUAUCCUGUGCUCGGAAUGAAUCAGAAAGGUUGAGAAGUGGUAUCGGGACCAUGGAGAAAAGCCUCAACGAUGUGAUAGCCAACCGAUUAACAAGCUUACCUGCUUCAGAUUUGCAUGGGAGAUAUGGAUCAUUUUCCUGAGGUUAUUAUAUGGAAUACAGUGGGUGAUGCCUGGAGAUCUGAUAGUGAUACUGCAGUGCUGGCAAGGGCAGACAGUGGAAAAGAGACGAAGAAAAGAUUGGAAGAUCAUACCUUUAUGCAUAUUAUUCGACUGUGGGGGCAAAGAAGAAAUGAUAGAAUUUUUUGAAGGAAAAAAAGAGGAAUAUUUCUUAUGUAUAAUCUAAAAUGCAUUCAAACUAUUUUGGUGUAAGAGAAAUAUUGAAGAUAGCUUAGAUAGAAUCCUAGAAUUUUUUCACUCCUUUCAAUCAUAGGAGUCAACUAGAGACUUCUGUACUAUGUCAAUACCUCCUUGGUACUGUUCAAUCAAUAAAAUUACCUAUUUAUCAAAAAAAAAAAAAGGAA